GGGUAAGUAAAUUGGAGCACGCGCCAACACCAAACCAACACUGCCCUUUGUGUCCUUCUCGACUGCCGCACAAACAACCAUGUCACUACCGAGCGCCAUCUCUGCCGCCGCGGCGCACACCGAGGGCCUGCCCACGAUGCUCAUCGAGGAGGCCUACAAGGAGUACCCUAAGCCUGAGGGCAUCAAGUUCACCUAUGGAACUGCUGGCAUCCGCACAAAGGGCGACAUCCUGCAGAGCUCCUGCUUCCGAAUGGCCCUCAUCUCGGCUUUGAGGAGCAAGAAGCUGGGAGGAAAGAUGGUUGGCGUCAUGGUGACAGCCAGCCAUAAUCUUGAAGAGGACAACGGCAUCAAGGCCAUUGACUCGAGGGGCGAGAUGCUCGAGUCGUCCUGGGAGCCCUACUGCACCGAAGCCGUCAAUGCCAACUCUGCCAAGGAGCUCAUCGCCGUAUUGGACCAGCUUGUCAAGACGUGCAAGGUCGAUCUGUCCGUUCCAGCUUUGGUCAUCUACGGCCACGACACGCGGCCGACUUGCCCCAUGCUCGUCAAGGCCGUCGUCGAGGGACUGGCCACGAUGGGCGCCACCGUCAUCGACGCUGGCCUCAAGACGACGCCUCAGCUCCACUACCUCGUACGAGCCCACAAUACACAGGGCACGCCCGAUGCGUACGGUGAACCUACCGAGAUGGGCUACUACGACAAGCUCAGCAAGGCUUUCGCCAAGCUUGUGGCUGGCAAGCCGCCAAAGACGACCCUCGUCGUCGACUGUGCCAAUGGUGUGGGUGCGUAUGCGCUGAUGCAGCUGCAGCAGCACAUUCCCGAGUCACUCCUCAAGGUCAGAGCGCUGCGGACGGACAUCAAGACGCGGGGCGCCCUCAAUGACGGCUGCGGUGCCGAUUACGUCAAGACGAACCAGCGCCUUCCCCUGGGCCUCGAAAAGGAAAAGGGCAUCGAGGCGGGCCAGAGGCUGUGCUCCUAUGACGGCGACGCCGACCGCAUCGUAUAUUACUACCUCCGCGGCCCUCCCCAGCAAAAGGAGAGCUUCAGGCUGCUGGACGGCGACAAGAUCGCCAGCUUGGCCGCCGAUCACCUCAAUGACCUCGUCAAGCGCGCCGGUGUUGCCAUUGAAGUUGGCUGCGUCCAGACGGCCUAUGCCAAUGGCAGCUCGACAAAGUACCUCGAGCAGCGCGUGCCCGUUACAUGCACGCCCACCGGCGUCAAGCAUCUCCACCACGCGGCCGAGCGCUAUGACGUGGGCGUCUACUUUGAAGCCAACGGGCACGGGACGAUUCUCUUCUCGUCCGAGGCCCAGCAGAAGAUUCACGAGACAUCGCCCUCCUCUCCGGCGGCAGAGGACGCCCUGGAGCAGCUCAAGUCGCUCAUCGACCUCAUCAACCAGACCGUUGGCGACGCUCUCUCGGACAUGCUCCUCGUCGAGGUCAUUCUCCGCACCAAGGACUGGGAUUGCCAGGAAUGGGACAGCGCAUACGAAGACCUGCCCAACAAGCUUCUCAAGGUCAACGUCAAGGACCGUUUCAUGUUUGUCACCGAGGACGCAGAGCGAAAGCUGGUCAAGCCAGAGGGCCUCCAAGCCAAGAUUGAUGAGCUCGUGGCCAAGUACAAGGAUGCCCGGAGCUUCGUCCGGCCGAGCGGGACAGAGGACUGUGUCCGUGUGUAUGCAGAGGCUGGUGUCGCCGGCGAGCUCAACUCCUUGGCAAACGGCGUGGCCAAGCUCGUCGCUGACUUUGCUGCCUGA